AAACUGUAAAAGAGAUCAAUCAACAUGUUCCCCUGAAAGUUAACCAAGUGUUAGUUAUUCCUGGAAUACUUCGAUUACUGCAUGUAGGUUUUACACAGUAGAGUAGUGUGCUAGUGAAGACGUACUUUGCAAAGACAAAUGUCUAUGGUGUUUACACAACAGGACCGGGGUUGUCCAGCCGUCGCCAUCUUAUUUCCAUGAAGAAUCCGAGCUAGAAAGAAGAACAGGACUGAGGAGGGGACGUCGACAAAUAAAGAACGGAGAACGAUAUUUAAUAUUCCCAUUUAGUUAACUGCAACGAGUGAAGAUGAACAGCGCGUUCUCCAAGUAAUUCUGGUAAAAGAAACAGUCUUAUUGCUUUUCUGUCCUGUGAAUUUAUUGUAGCUAGUUAGCUACCCGCCACAGUGGCAUCACGUACAUUUGUGUUAAGAUCGAUAACGUAACGGUAAAUGAUGUGCUGUAAAAGUUAUUGCCAGUUUAUGGUAUAUUACUAUAAGAUGUAUAACGUUAGAUCCUCACUGUCUAAUUAUACUUCUUUGUCACCCAGUGUAUUCAUUAGGUGCCUCGUGUCUUUACUUUCCAUGACAUGGAAUGGUUCUCUUACUUGGCUUCAUGAAAAUAACAUUACCACGGAUGACGAAAAUGGAAAAUCCCCAUACUUGAAUCAGACACUGUAUUUUGAUUCUGUAACCUAGUCUAAUCACAGUCUAGAACUACUGUUUUUUCCGCAAUAUAUAGUGCGGUGCUGAUGGUUGAUGGUAACUUGUCAAAUACAUCAGUCCUACUCUUUGUAUCAACAUCUUUGAUUGACUAAUUGUGCCUGAGGGUUAGACUAUUGUCUUGCCAUCAGCCACAUGUUAUGGUGUCUGGAAUCUUAAAGUAUUGCACAUGAUUUGUGUACAUUUUAUUUUAAAUAUAAAGGGCACCAUUGUCUUAAUUCUGGAUAUCCGCACUUUAUUGUCGGUGUCCAGAUGCCAUUUCAUGUCCAGUUCACCUCAAAGAUUCUAGCAUCUGUGUGUGUAUGUCGGGGAGUGUGUUUCUGUUCUCUCUAUCUAGGUAAAGAAGCUUCAUUUCUGAAGAUUUUUUGGAUAUGGAAUAAUUCUUUUUUUUUUUUUUUUUUUUUUUGAAGAAAGAAAUGAGAUUUCUGGAAGAAUGCCAUUUUCUUCUAUAUAUUUUUUUUUACCUUUCAUCUGUUGCCUCUUAUUUAUCAGUCUGAAAAAAGUCCACCCUCCACCCCUUCCCUGUCAAUCAACACUUUUUUUCUUCAAACACCCACUUCAAGAUUCAAGACCUCCCCCCACCCCAUAGUAUUGUUUUUUUUGAUGCCCUCCCUUGCUUUUCUCUUCCUCGGAGAAACCUCCACCCAGAAGAUUAUUUUUAAAAUCUAUCCUCCCUCUCACCCCUAUAUUGUCUUCAUUUUGUCACUAUUAAUAAAAAAGAAAAAAAAAAGAGACUCUGGCACCAUGGAUCGGUAAUAGUUGAUCAGGCUAACGGGAGCAGUAGGAUCUGUCUCGACGUGCUUGCACUCUUUACUCAUGGAUCAAGUGUUCCUUCAGGAUUUCAGCCUCGCCUCGGACCACAGCAUUUACGAGAAGAGCAGGGGAGUUCUUCUCAGCCACUCCAGGGAGAGUUCAGGCCCUGAAGGAGACAGCCAGUGAGAGGAUCCAGAGUUACCUGUCCCAGCAUGACCAACCACGGUGAUGACUGCUACUUCUUCUACUACUCAACGUGCUCCAAGGGCGACAGCUGCCCGUUCAGACACUGUGAAGCGGCCAUGGGCAGCGAGGUGGUGUGCAGCCUCUGGCAGGAGAACCGCUGCUUCCGCAAGGUGUGCAAGUUCCGCCACAUGGAGAUCAAGAAAAACAGGAAUGUGAUCCCAUGCUACUGGGAAAAUCAGCCCUCAGGAUGCCAGAAGCCCCACUGUGCAUUUCACCAUGAGAAAUCCCGCUUCAUAGAUGGAGUCUUUGUUCCUGCUAAUAUAGGCUCAGCUGUGAAGAAGGAUGGAGAAGAAGAGCCUGCACAGCAGGAACCAGCCCCCCCAGCCCCCAAUCCCACGAACCCCCAGCUCCGCGGCGUCAUCAAGGCCGACACGCAGGAGAAUGUGCCCAGUCCCACUCAUCCACCGGUGGUCAUUAACCCUGUGGAUGACGAAGACGAGGAUGAGGACGAUCAGUUCUCAGAGGAAGGAGACGACAGGUCCAAAAUGUCCUCCCCAAGGAAACUGAUAAUGGGCCCAAAAGACGACUCUCUGAACUUCAAUGUGCGGACACUGGAGGAGAUCCGCCUGCGCAAAGCCCUGAAGGCCAGUCUAAAGAAAGCAGAGGAGGCAGGGUUCACAGUACCAGGCCAGCACAACAACGGCAGCACUGGCGAGAAGGAGAACAUGUGUUCCACCCACCGCCCAGCACUUUUCACCGCUAAGAACCGUCCUGAAGAAGCAGGAAAGUUGAGAAUUGCGGAUCGACUCGAGAAAAGAACACUGAAUGAUGGUGUGCCCGUGGAAGGGGAGCUGCCUCUAAAGCGCAGCCUGGCUCAGCGUCUGGGUGGGAAGGUGGACAGCUCAAAGGAGGAACCAGAGCAAUCUUCUCAGCGGGGCGCACGUUUGAUGCGGGAGAGGCUGAGCCUACCUGCAGAGUCCGGCGGCACUCCCAGCCCUGCGGCCCCCAGCCAGCAGGGCCCACCUGGAGAGAUCCGCAUCAAGACGCUGGAGGAGAUUCGGCAGGAGAAGGCCGCCAAGUCCCAGGCGCAGGCCUCCGGUGACUCCUCCAGCGAUCCAUCCAAGAAGGUCACCAACAGCACCGAGACCCUCCUCGCCAAGAAGCAGCAGGGGCUGCAGAAGAGGAAGGUGCGCGAGAUGACCCAAGCUGUGAACGUCCAGCAGGGUAAAGAGGCCCCAGAGGCCGCCCCUGUUGGCAAACCCCCAGCUCCCACCCAGCCAAGCGGAGAAGUGCGGGUGAAGACCCUGGAGGAGAUCCGGCGCGAGAAGGCUGCCAGACUGGGAGUCCAGGCCCAGAGUCCACCGACACAGGAUCAGAGCUCCUCGUCAGGGUCUGAGGACGGAGGCGCUCCUAACAAGAGGCGAAUCCUGCAUAUCAAUAAAACACCUUCACCUGCUUCAUCUGAUGUCAAAGAGCAGAAACCUGCUGAGCUACCUGAGAAGUCCAAAGCUGGUGGCGAGGCGGUGGCCAAUGGGAAAUCCUCGGCUCCCGCUGUUGAGAAGGCGCGUCCGGACUCCGGCUCGGGUGCGGUGAAGGUGAAGACGUUUGAGGAAAUCAUGCGAGAGAAGCAGCUGCGCAGGCAGCAACAGGAGCAGGAGGUCGCCCAGUCAUCCCAGGGUCCCGCAGCACCAGCUGCCCAGAAGCAGCCCGUCACGGCCGUCACCACCGCCGCCGCACCCCCCUCCACCUCAACCCCAACACCCAGCCAGCCCGCCCCUGUCCCUGCCCGCCAACGCAUCACUGUCAAGCCCAAGGUGGCCCCUCCAAAGCCCGCUGUCGCACCAGCCGCCACCGCAGUACACACCGCCGAACCCCCUGCUGCUGCAAGCACAGGUCCCAAACACUUGCCUGUGAGGUUGUCGAAAAGACUGACAACCACUGCAGCGGCCGUUGCUGCUCCAGUCCCCACCCCUACCCCCAUGCCUGUCCAGCAGACCCCAGUCUCAGCUGCGGCACAACCAGUAAGUUUGGCGAAAAAGCCGAUGACUGCUGCUGCUGCUGCUGCUGCUGCUACUGCAGCUCCCGCUCCUGCGCCUGCUCCGACACCCCCUUCUUUGCCUGUCCAGCAGAACCCUGUCUCGAGCACAGUGCAACCAGACCCCCCAGGGAGUCUGGCAAAAAGGCAGAAGAUUGCUGCAGCUCCUGCCCCAGCUCCUGUCUCUUCUGCUGUCCAGCAGAGCCCUGUCUCAGGCACGGUGCAGCAGGACACCCCAUUACAUUUGGCGAAAAAGCCAAAGACCACUUCAUCUACAGGUCCUGCCCCAGCCCCUGCCCCUGCCCCCUUGGCUGUCCAACAGACCCCUGUCUCAGGCAUGGCACAGCCAGACACAACCCGGGAGACCAGCCCGCUUAAGAAGUCCCCUGAGAACAAAGUCAAGCCCAAGGUGAACGUGAAGCCCGUGGUGAAGUCCUCCUCUGUGAAGCCAUCUGCACACGUGCGACCAGGCCAGAAGAGGAAGGCGGCGGCUGGCCAAGGCUCGGCCGUAGCCGCGGUGAAACCCCUGAGUGCAGCUUCCACCGCUGCCGACGAAGUUCCCGAGCUGCAGGAGCCGCCCUGCAAGCGCUCCGAGAUGUCCACUCCGGGUCCCCUCCAGGCCCCCGCCAUCAGCAGCUCUGCUCUGGAGCGUAACACGCAGCUAAAUGACGAGCCCCAGACUGUUCCUGUGUUUAAGCAGAGCCCGGCCACAGAGACGAACAACAGCUCGGUGGAGAACCUCAUGACUGUCCCUCAGAGUCCCUCUGUGCUGAAGACCCCCAGCCAGACGAGGGCGCGCAAGGGAAGCACCACCACCCCCACCCCCCGUGCCACCCUCACCUCUGCUGCAUCCAGUACUUCAGCUGUGGACGACUUUGAGGAGCUGAUCAAUGAGUUUGAGAUGGACGACGAGGUCGAUCUGGAGCCUGACAAGGGAGAGGACGACCUUCUGCUGGAACUGUCCGAGAUGAUUGGCAGCUGAAGGGAAAACCAGACAAGCCCCUCCCUCACCCACGUCUUACUCACUGUUACUGCCAUCAAUAAUGGGGGGAAUAAAACACCAUUUCUUUUAGUCAUUUUCUUUUAAAACUGAACUCUGUUGCAUUUGUUUGGGUGCAUUGCAAUGUAAUUAUUGUUUUAAUGUGUUGGUGUUUUUAAUUAUCAUUUCAAGAGGGUUUUUGUUUUUUUCAAUGCUUCUCUUUUCCUCAAAAAAUGUUUGUUUUGCUCAUUUAUAAGCUGUUGUUGACUCAGCUUUUUUGAGGAAGCAAGCCCCUCUCCCCAGCUCUGAUUCCACCAAGAAAGUGGGGCAGAGGGAGACUGUUGGACUAGACUAGACUCCCCAGGAGGAGGAGAAUCAUGUUGGUUAUUCCGUAUACUGUGUAUGCAAACAUCAAGCAUCAAAGAGACAUGGAAUAGGGCUGGCUCAGCAAAGUGAAGUGAAACCACCCAGGAACCUUUCCUUUGCUCUCUAGUGUUUCAAAUCAUGUACAAAGUUGUAUUUCCCCUCUUUUCCUUUUAAAUGCAGAUGCUCAUUGCUGUUUUAGUCUCUUAGCCCAAGAAAAUGUGACCAGUAAACCUUUAAUGUCUGACCCCUUGACGCUCUUAAGCCAUAGAGUUCAUGUGAUAUGUCCAUGGUCUUUUUGUGUUCAUGGUCAAUCCCCUUCUUAAGACUGCUAUUCUUGUUUGUUUGUUUGGUUUGCUUUUUAAUCACUGGCAUCUGAUCUUUACUCUGCUCCUUGCUCUGAGGGACCAUGUUGUAUCUACUCGCUUUCAGUCACAAUUAUGGCUUGAAAACCACCUCUCAGGGACUACACUUGAGCUGUCUGAUGGUUGCUGAACAGGUUACAAAUGCUUUUUUUUGUCUGCUAACUUGUACCCUGUGCUUUUUUUCCCAUUGUGUGUGCUGCCACAUAUUUGUUAAUCUCAGAGAUAUGAGUUACUGUGUUUGUUCACCUCUUUGGUUCACAUCUUCAAUCCCGCUGUGUAAGUCUUUGUAAAUAAUAAAACAUCUUUUAUGAGAA